AACUUAUCACACGAUCGCCAUGUCACGAAACCAUCAAAACAAGUCAAACCUGCCCCAAAAACAAGUAGGCAACGUCACAGCGCCCACGCGGCCGCUCUGCGCCGCCCCAACUCUAUGGGGCGCUUAAAAGCGCGCCGGCCGCCCGCCUAAGCGCAUUCGACACUUGCAAGGCCUAGUAACAUGUGCUAAGGACACUGCACUUACUGACGUGAAUAUAACGAAUCGGACUUUCAGUAAAAAUGGCCCAAAUAACUAUCACCCUCGCACUGCUCGCCGCUCUCCUAAUGCUGCAGGGUGUCAGCGCAAAACGUGGCUGUUCUGCUUUCGGUCACUCGUGCUUCGGUGGCCACGGCAAAAGAUCCGGGGACACUAACAAUAUAGAUUCCUCUAACCCUGAACUGAUGAUGCAACGGCAGAUGGGCCAAGAAGAAACCCCACCACACCCUGGCUACCCUCAUUCUGGCUUCAGCGGCCUGCUGCCGGCCGGAGAUGACAUCAUUCCUGUAAGGGAUGGAGGUGUCUACGAUCCGGAGAACAGCGCCGCGGCCCGCGAGGUAAUGAAGUUUAAACUUCGGAACAUCGUCAAGCACUGGAUGGACAACUACAGGCGGGCGCAGCCGAACAACGACGAAGGCUACUUCGCAGAGACAUUGUAAAUUAUGCAACUGCUACACAAUGUGCAAUUAUAACACAGUCAUAUAAAAGCUUGGUUUUCAUACUUAGUUUUAAAAUACAAAUGAAAGUAAUACUUAUUACUUACCUAAAUACCUACUACUAUAGGUACCUACUUAGUUCUGUGGCGUGACGACCUGAUAUGGAUCUUGGCCUCCGACACCAAAGACUGCCAAUGAUUCUCUCUCCAAAGCCGAUUUUGUCCAAUCUACCAAAACAAUGAAAUUAAAAAUGACUUGAAUGGAAGCAAUACUUAAUUUAAAUGAUUUCUAAAGUGCUUUUUAGGUACUUUCUUUUUUAAAAGAAUAAUCUCAAAUCCUGUCUAAGUUGUUAUCGCCAUACUGUAAAAGGUUGGUUUAAAAGUUCGUUUUAACAUGGGGAUUAAAAGAAAUAACAUGCUGAAAUAAGCCUGCGUAGUUACUUUUCGGUAAGUCUUUCCAUAUUUUUUGGUAAACUGUGUUUUGAAAAGAUUUAGAAUAAGCUUAUGUGGAAAAAGCUUAUAUCGAGUUAUUCCCUAAAAAUGUGUAAAAUAAAGAGACCACAAUUGUUUAAUUUCAAUUAUGUACUUAAUUUCUAUAGGUCCCUACUGUUUGUAUUUAUGCUAUGUUAACCAAGCUUUUAACCCUCAUAUAAACAUAAAAAUGUGAAUGUUACUGGAAUCUGAACGCUCUUCCGUAAAAUAUCUUAGGUAACAUAGUUAACCCGCAUUCUAAAGAAAUUAUUUGUGGCAAUAUUCUUGCAAAGUCGUAUGAAACAAAAAUUGUGUUUUAAAUCAAACAGCUGUUUAGUUUUAAAUACACUUGUUGAUUUGGCUUUGCAAAAAUUAUUCCUCGGUUGGUUUUAGGUAAAAUCUGCCAAUUGUUCAUUGUAAAGGGCGCUUAGGGAAAAAGUUUAUUUGAUAGGUUUGUUUAAAUUGUUUAUAUUUUCCGCUUUCCGUCGUUAUAAAAACUCCCCAAAGCACCAACGUGCGACAUUCUACCCGUAUCUUAAUGUUCGGAUAGGGCCGAUUGUCACUUAAUAUAAAGCUGGGAAUUUGAACAAUGUGCUUCUAUCGUUAGUAGCCGUACCAUGAGUUGACACUUGACGUUUACGUUAGCGACUGCGUAAACACGAUAGCAGUCUAUUUUUCUCGUAUUGAUGUAUUGGUGCGAUAGAGAUAAUGCUAUCGAGUUCACGCAGCCGCUAACGUAAAUCUCAAAUGCCAACUCGUGGUAGACGUGUAAAUCUGUCAAAGAUUUUUUCUGAAAGCGUCAUUUCCGUUGGACUUUUACCGCGUUAUUCAUAAAGCUUCAAUUAACUAUUAUUCGUUUAUCUCAAUCUGUCAUUUUGACAUGUACCCAGAGAAAGCGAUAAAACAAAAAUUAUCUAAUUAAGGCUUGUAAAGUUUUAUGAAUACGGGGGUUAGUUUUUACCCUCACCUUAAAUCUAGUUGACUGACUUUCAAAAAAAUAUUGAUCGGCUAAAAUUACCAGACGUAUUCAUUCUUUUAUAAUUCAUAAUUAAAAUACCUAUAGAAUUGCGAAUAACCGACAAAAGAACGCAGAAGGAAUGUAUCUAGAAAUAAAAUAAAAUAAAAAUAUAACCGGUGGAACCGGCGAUGUAGAAAUAUACCUAUGUCCUAUCUACUUAUGAACGAAAUUUGUUUCAGCUUGAAUUAACACAGUAAUUAAUAAUAGUAAGUUAGAGUUUGGUAGUGAAGUCAAGAGGUGAAAGCAAAAUUGUAUGAAGCUUAAUCCUUCCUGUUAACAGAAUAAACUUAUUCUAUUUCAAGGGACAUUUUUCAUAUUUUAACCUCGUAAAAUCUGAUGGACCUUAUGCCUUUUGGAAUAAGGUCCACCGAUGGACAGUUAAGAGUCUUGCUCUUUGUACUGAUAGUUUGAUAAAUUUUAAAUAAUUUCCAAUUGGAAUAAAAUUGCAUUUGUUUUCUUUCAUUCCAUUUUCAAACAAAGCAAAAUCAACUCCUUUUCCUGCAUUAUAGACUCAAGUUUCACUGUCAUUGUAUUUUUUUCUUGUAUGGGUGAGCCUAAGAGGACCUAGUUUAUCAAAUACCAUAAAAUACUUAUUGCAUUUUUUGUCGUGUACAGGCGCCACUGUAUCGCCAAAGUUUCAAGCUGAAACUAUAAAGUUUAGAUAAGGCUAUGACUUCUGUAUUUACUUAGUGGAUGUAUUUGUUCGUCAAUUACGAAAUUAACUAUACCUACUUAGGUAAAACUUAUGUUAAUUUAUUAAAAUUAAAGGCUGGACAUAAGGUUAAUUAUUUGAUUAUGAAAUGUUUGUUAUAUUCUGCUUGUAUGUACGCUAUUUUAAUUGAGUUUAUAAUAUAAUUAUAAUAUGUAAAUUCAGCAAUCGUUACAAAACUUUGGUAUUUUUAAGUGUAAUGUUUACGCAUAAGUUUACCAUCAAAUAAUAUGACGUAGUGAUACAUGACUCUGUGUUAAUGAUGUUUUUGUGUAUUUUAAUAAAUCGUUAGAAACACUAUA